GAGCAGUAGACCAUCAGUUUACCGCUGGAAAUUCUGAAGUGAGCAAGUGUUGUGCAACAGUAUACAGAGCACGUCUACGCUUUACGUAUAAAAAAAUAAAUAUAUAUAUAUAUAUAUGUAUUUAUAAGUAUUUAUCAAUUGAGAAGAAAAUGCCAAUCAUUUCCAAAUUUGUGCAACUCAAAGGCUUGGAAUACAAUUUCAUUAGAUUUGCUUUACGGCGACGUCAGUAUUCGUCAGCGGCACCAGCUAAUGCUCAGUUGCGCGAAAUACUCUCCGAUCAAUUAAACGGCAUAAGAGAUGCCGGCACAUUCAAAUCGGAACGCGUUAUCACAUCAUCGCAAAGUACUCAGAUUACAGUUGAGGGCAGCAAUGAGAAAAUUUUGAAUUUUUGCGCCAACAACUAUUUAGGCUUAGCCAAUAAUCCGGAUGUCGUUAAUUACUCGCAUAAUGUUUUGGAGAAGUACGGUGCCGGUCUAAGUUCGGUGCGCUUCAUUUGCGGUACUCAAGACAUUCAUAAGAAUCUUGAGAAAAAGCUGGCUCAAUUUCAUGGUCGCGAAGACACUAUCCUCUACGCUUCAUGUUUCGACGCUAAUGCCGGCUUGUUCGAAGCCAUCCUAAGCGGUGAAGAUGCUGUCUUUUCUGAUGAACUUAACCAUGCCUCCAUUAUUGACGGAAUACGUUUAUGUAGAGCACAAAAAUAUCGUUAUAAACAUCGCGAUAUGAAUGACUUAAAAAAUUUAUUGGAAACAUCGAAAGCUCGAAUGAAAUUAAUUGUUACCGAUGGAGUCUUUUCAAUGGAUGGCAAUAUUGCACCUUUAAAGGAAAUAGUUGCUCUGGCGAAAGAGUAUAACGCUUUAACGUUUAUCGAUGAGUGCCACGCUACAGGCUUCUUUGGUAAAACGGGACGAGGCACUGAGGAAUACUACAACAUAACGGGAAGUGUAGAUAUUAUUAACUCGACAUUGGGCAAAGCUUUAGGAGGAGCUGCUGGCGGUUAUACUACCGGCCCCAAAGAACUUAUUACGUUUCUGAGACAAAAAUCGCGACCUUAUUUAUUUUCGAACAGCCUACCGCCAGCCGUCGUUGCUACAGGCACCAAAGUCAUAGAUAUGCUAUUGACUUCCAAUGAGCUCACCGAAAAAGUCCAGACUAAUACACAACGCUUUAGAUCGGCCAUGACCAAAGCCGGUUUCACUAUAUCGGGCGAGAAUCAUCCCAUCUGUCCGGUUAUGUUAGGCGAUGCACGUUUAGCAUCUGCAUUUGCUGACGAAAUGCUAAAGCGCGGCAUAUACGUAAUUGGCUUCAGUUAUCCCGUCGUACCAAAGGGUAAGGCUCGAAUACGUGUUCAAAUUUCAGCCUCUCACAGCACAGCGGACAUUGAUCAUGCAAUUGCUGCUUUCGUUGAUGUUGGAAAGAGUCUUAAAGUCAUUCAUUAGACUGGCUUGAGGUUAUUGUAAACAGCUUUGCAUUUAUUUAUUUUCCUAAAUAAAACAUAAG